GGCCUGUACUCUGAGAUCUUCCAGUUUGAAUCAACUUUAUUGACAUUGAACAGGCAGAAGUUAUCCAACAUGGGAGCUCGGGUCGCACGGUUGUUCCGAAACUUUAACCUGGAGAACCGAGUCUUCAGAGAACUUUCUAAGGAGAAGCCCACGUCAGCGCCCCGUCACGCGGUACCGGCGCCGCCUCCUCCCGGUCCGGACGUCGCUGAGUCGGUUCGACAGAAGAACGAGCCGCUCCACGAACUCCUCCGGUCCGUGUACGUGGACUCCACAGACCCGGUCGCCGCAGCACAGGCUCUGAAGGAAGCUUCUGAAGGUCUGCAAACAGAGAAGAGGCUGAUCCGGGUCAAUAUUCCAGCAUAUGCGUACGGCCUCGCAGACGUCACGGACGUUCCCAAAGGCAAACUGACCAUCGCAGAAGCUCUCAAGGCCCUCGGCAGUCACCAGCACCAGCCGCAGACAUGGACGGCAGAGAAGAUUGCGCAGGAGUUUUCUCUGGACUUAAAGGACACUAAGGCUGCUCUGGAGUUUUUUGUCCCCUUCAAGGUUGAGAUCAUACCGCCCAAAAUCCAAUCUGCCAAGCAGAUCAAGGCGUCCUAGGAGGAGGUGGAGGAGAAACUUUGACCUAAUUUAUUUAUGUCACUCAGUGUUUGGUUAAAGAAGAGAUUUUCCUGAGUACUUGAAAGAUUUCUAGAGAGUUCAGAUCCCAGCUCUCCUCUGUAAUUCUACUGGUUCCUCAUGUUCAGACAUAAACCAGUUUAAACUCAGACCAACAGAAGAAAACGCUUCAGACUUCGCCUGGAUUAGGUUUCAUUUUUGCUGUUCUUUCAGAUCUGCAUGAAUUUUCUCUUUUUUUUCAUUUAAUUUUUAUAUUUCCUUCCACCUGAACGCUCCAGAAACUUCUGCUCCCCACCGUCAUCUGUUCAGUCUCUGAGUCGGGUUUUAUGGCUGAGCUGACGGAUCCCUCUGCAGCAUCCGGACCUUCACGCAGCAGGAAGAACCAGCAGAUGCUGCGGAUACAUUCAGGCAAGAAGGAGAGGUCACCUCAAAAUGAUGGGAGUGUAGAAAUGGAAGAGGAGUUUUCUUUGCAUCAGCCUGCUGUAUGUACGCACAGUUUUUCAAAAUAAAAGAUCCUUCAUGUGGCUCUUUU